UCGCGUGUCAGAGAGAAAGAGAGAUACAAAAAAAGGCGGAAAACACUGUUGUUGAGUCAUGCUUCUUUCGUAGUGACUUCGCGCUUUGCAAAAGACAAAGCCAUUUUUUAAUGGUCGAAAUUCUUUAUUUCUCUUUGAUAUCACGCUUGAGUAAGCACAAAAAGUCUGACUUCUUAACAAAAAGAACAAAUUUGUUCCUGCUCACCUCAUACAUGAGAGUUCAUUCUCCAUGUUUAAGUAUUCUAAACGCAAAAGCUUCAACACUUUGUGCUCAAACUUGCUUCAAAGGAAAAUGUGGACUGUUGCAAAAGUGUCGAAAUCAUAAAAAAGGCUCCUGAAUUAAUUAUAUGUCUUGGCUGGAGCAUACAAUUUUUUCUUUCAUUUUUUUCGUCGUGUGCAGAAAGCCCACAAGCCUUCAUAUUUGUUCGUUGACUUUGAGCUUUCUUUUGUAUGACUCGUUGGAUGUGUUUUCUCAAUCACAUGAGUGGAACAAAGUUAGAACAAAGUUUUCGUGCGUUAAAUGGGAGGCGUCUGGUGUUCAAAUAAGGUGUUAUUUUUUUCUCCUUGUUUUGAGAGAGUGUAAAUUUGUGGGUCAACUUACGUCACUCAAGCUGUUUAAUAUUGGCUAGAAAAAAAAAAAAAAAAAAAAUCUCUUCAACUUUUUUCUUCUCUGACUUUUUCUUUAUUUACAACAUUGUCUUUUACCGGGGUGAAAUCGCAGGGCUGAAUCAUGUUUUCUUUUUCAGAAUAGAAAAUCAAAGAAAUGCAGGCAGUUAAAAUUAGACUUUACACUCUGAUUAUAGCCAGUGUAUGAAGAUACUAGGUAAUGACACCGACACGUAUACAUUUAGUGGGUAAGAAACAAUCCAUUUUUUCAGUAUAUGACUGUCUCUCAAUACCGUAUUACCACCAUCUAGUGAGAAGUGAAAACAAGCAUGUCUCAAUCGACGACGAAAGAGUCUCUAUUGAAAAAGUAAACAAGCGCACAGGCCGAAAUAACACCCCUCAUCUAGAAAACCGUUUAGAAACCCACCGUGUCUCAACAGCAGGAGAGAACAGCGUUAACAAUGACAUGGAGGCAACAGCCGUUCUAACGUUGGUGAGAAUGGAAGCGAGAAAAGCGAGGGGAACCAGUUCAUUAUGCCGAGGGCGAGUGCAGCCUCAGCUCACAGACGGCGGGUCUUCUCACAGCCAGACGUCUCCGGGCACAGAGCUUAGCCACAGACACCACAGACGAGGCCGCCGCUUAACGAUGUGGUCUAGUGACGCCUUCUGCAGCGUCCUGGGGCUGCUGGUGCUCGCUCUUCCUUGCAUGGUACUUGGAGGUUCGACGCCCCAGUUCGCAGCGCCCAUCCAGAACAUCACAGUAGCAGCUGGUCGUGAUGCUCGGCUUUCGUGUGUGGUGGAGAACCUCGGUGACAACAAAGUGGCUUGGACCUACGUCGGCAAAACAGGAACGGCAGUGCUGACUAUAAACUCCGUAGUGCUGACUCAGAAUCAGCGUGUGUCAGUCUUGCGAGAACGAGGUGGCCUGUCCUGGUCGCUCAUCAUUGCUAAUGUGUCCAAACUCGACCAGGGGGAUUACGUGUGUCAAAUCAACACAGUGCCACAACAAAAGAUGUAUACGCAUAUCUCUGUCGUGGUUCCACCAAUCAUCCCAUCGCCUCCACAUGACGUCAUAGCCAAUGAGGGCGAAGGCGUCACCCUUGAGUGCAGCGCCAAUGGAGACCCAGAACCCACUCUGACCUGGAGAAGGGAAGAUGGUGCUUCCUUCUCUCUCAACCGCUCGCAGGUCAGCAUCAUCUAUAUGUCCCUCUCUCUGUCUCCCCGCACAGUUGUGGAUGCUGCAUCUGGUCCCCGGCUUACUCUCGCCCCCGUCACUCGGGAUGCUGCCGGGGCCUUCCUGUGCGUGGCCACCAACGGCGUCCCUCCAGCUGUGUCCGCUCGCACUCAGCUGUUUGUGAAAUUUAUUAAUUUUGAAGAGUUCCUAGCUUAUGCUCCUGAGGUGGGCGGCGGCACGGGCGUGGUGUGGGCGAAGGUUGGCGAGGAAGCUAUCCUUUCCUGCAGUUAUCGAGCCUGGCCGAGGGCAACGGUCGUCUGGACAAAGCACAAGGUGGUCAUAGACGGGGCUCGAGACGACUCCGACCUCUACGGGAACGGAACCUCCAUCCUGGUCCUGAAGAACGUGGGGUCGGAGAACUUCGGUCACUACCGCUGUUCCGUGACGAACGAACUCGGGCAAGACAGCGUGACACUUACGCUUGUCGAGAUAGUGCUAGUCUUUCACCUCUUCUGCCUCCUGAAAGACCAUCAACUAUGCCACACCGAUUGUGCAGAAUCCCCUGCUGCUCUUAUGAUUCAUCAACCACGCCACUGUAAAGAAGCAACAUUGCGAUUAUUCCAAACAUAG